AUGGCGAGCUCCAUCACCACCACUGGCUCCGCCAAGACUCGAAGAGAACCCAGAGACACAGGGUUCCCUGAGCCUUUCAACAGUCUCCGUAACACAACUCUACCACAUCCUGAUGCGGAUCUCUCACCAAACGCCUGUCUCAGCCAAGAGGACAUUGACCCCGACCGGGCUCUUAUGCGAACCCGUCGAUCAUUCCUGAGGAAGAAACGAAGGACUCUCAACCAUGGCCGCAUUACUCCCGCCUCGGAGGCACUCUACAGCGCAUAUUCUCUUGUUCAAUCCGACGGAGGAGACCACGAUAGUCUCAGAAUCGCCACCAACCCAUCUCUUGUCAGCGUUCGCCCAACUACGCCCAGCAUUCGAAUUUCCAGGGACGAAACCGAUAGUCUCGCAUCAAGGGCCACGAGGAGGGAAGACGAAGACACACCACCCACUUCGCCUGAUGUCCCGUCCCACCGUUCUAAGAAAGGAUUUCUGAGCAAAUGGCGAAGAAACUAG